AUGAAAACAAUUUCCGAUCGCGGAUUCAAUCGUCAUUCCAUCGAAAAUAUAUAUUCUUCAUACGAUGAUCCCGUGAAUUUAUUGUCGAAUGAAAGAAGGAGAAGACAUUCAUUCUCCCCGGAUUACUCUCCCGAAUUGGGAUUGGACGAUGGAACCGAGUGUAAUUUAACAGAUAGAAACGCAUUGAAACAAUCGUGGUAUAAAACAAUAAGAACCCGAUACCAGAUGGCGGGUAAAGGAGGAAUGAAAAAAGAUAUACAAUUUCCUAAAUCCCUGGACAAUUACAGGACGAGUUAUUACACCGAUAUUAAAAAUGCCAUAAUAAGAUCCGGUAGUAAAAUAUGGGAUGAAGCCGAUAAGAGAACUCGAUUCACCCUGAGAAGGAAAAAAACGGUUCGAUUCGAUGGUGGAGGAGAUGAAAGCGAAAGUUUCGAUUCAGGUUGGAUGACGUUGGAUAACGUCGAAAGGUGGGAUUCGCUCAGACAAGGAUCACAGGAUUCGGGAACGAAAGAUUCUGGAAUAGAAACUUCGAGCAAUUUUACAUCGAGCGAAGAUUCUAAUAGAGAUUUUAAGCAUCCGCUUUCAUGGGAAAUAAGCGAAGAUGGUACUCAUCUCAUCGGUCACAUGAUUUUAAACAGAUCAAGGGAACCGAUGUCGGGUACGACGCCGAUAUUAGGGCUCAAAGUCGAAGGGAAUAGACUUUUGGAUAGCGGAAUCCGUGGUGCGUUGGUGGAAAAAGUCAAAAAAGGAAGUAUAGCCGAUGUCGAAGGACAACUUCGUCCCGGAGAUGAAGUGAUCGAAUGGAACGGACGAUUAUUUCGGGGAGCGACGAGCCAAGAAGUGUCUGAUAUAAUCGCCGAAAGUAGACAAGAUCCCCAAGUGGAAUUGUUGGUUUCGCGACCAAUAGGACCAAAAAGGCAGGGAGGUACCUUGCCGUGGACUCAGGGACAACUUCAUACGUUUUCAAGACGUUCUUUGAAUAUUUCACCUAGUCUGACGCAAAAUAAAGACGUCUACGAAACGAGAAUGAGAGAUAAACCAAGCGUUCGUGUAACUUCACCAGGCAGUCCUGACAUGCAUUCUUUGAGGCCUUCUAGGAUUAAACAAACCGUAGCAACAAAUGCCAAUGUCGGUGGCAGGAUGCAGGUGAAACUUUGGUUUGACGCGGUCGCUUUACAACUCGCAGUUACUCUCGUGUGUGCCGCUGAAUUAACACCCAGAAGUAACGGCGAACCGAGGAAUCCCUACGCGAAACUAUUUUUACUGCCGGAUAAAAGUGAAAAAUCUAAAAGACGAACCAAGACAAUAGCUAAUACAAAUGAUCCCAGGUGGAAUCAGACAUUUGUGUAUUGUGGAAUUAGACGAAACGAUUUAAAAUUAAAAAUAUUAGAAAUCACCGUUUGGGAUUACGUGAGAUUCGGAGCGAAUGAUUUUCUCGGUGAAGUUUUAUUAGAAGUUAAUAUGGCUCCUCUAGACGAGGAACCGACGUGGUAUCAUUUGAACGCUCACGAAGAAUUGCUUCCUCCUUAUAGGAGACGAGGAGAAAAAGAAAUGGACUUGGAUUUGACUCCUACGGAUCAUCUUUCUCCUCCGAGCACAACGUCCAGACUAUCUGAUUCGGAUGCGAGCGAUUUAGAGGAUUUAACGAGGGAUAGAAGAGUUGCCGAUGGUGCUAGCAUAAGUAGUUUAGGAAGUUCCACGAGUCCUCCACCCGAAAUCGAAAUGAGCGAAAGAAGAUCACGAAGAGAUAUGUCUCCCCAGGGUAGAAAACGGACGGCAGUUAUGAUGAGUAGAGAAAAACAAGGAACUCAUCAAACUCAUCGAAAGGGUGAUCAAAUCAUUGUUUCACAAAGAUCUCAUUCGGCUGCUCCCACCGAUUCGCCUUCAUUACAUUCAAGAAGCAGAUCUAAAAGUCCCGAAAGAAUAGGUAGUCUAUCACCUUCCGAAAGAAGCGUUUAUCCUUCCCACUCUUAUGUGCCAAGAUUCGCGUCCAGAUCAGCCACUGUCACGCCAACAGGGUCUCCAAAAAAAAGACAUCUUCCUCAGAUUCCUUCCUUUCAAUACAGACGAACAUUUAGAGAGACGUCCAGUCAAGACUUAGAAGAACGUGCUCAAUACAUUAGACAAAAAAUGGCCAUGAUGCAAAGGAAAAAAAGUAGCGGAGUUUGGGAUCGUCAUUAUGGAGGUCUCAGCGAUAGCGAUCUUCCCACAUCGGAUAUGAAAACGAGAAUGAGAGACUGGCUGUCACCGGACAAAGGUUUUGGGGAUAGCGAUAUGGAAAGUGUUGUUUCCGUCACAAGUAGUGCUUUCUCAACGCAGUCUGAACGUCCUCAAAGACUUAGCGAUUUUCCAAAUUCAACUCGCGAUGCGAGAAACGAAAAUGGUGGUGGAAGAUCAUCGAUAUCCGAUCGAAGAGAUAGAUCUCAACAGAGGCAGGAAAGAUCGUUGGAAAGAAAUAAUCACGGAGGAUCGAGAAGAGGACAAUUUGUGAGAAGUCUUUCCAAUGCUGAUGUUCCACCAGAAGAAAAAAGAGAUGGAAGCCUCAGUGAUACCGCCGUGGGUCCCCUUCACGACAUGGAAAGGCGAGAACAUAGAAAACAAGGAAACGAAAGAGGAACAAAAAUAUCAUCAUCAUCAUCACAAUUUUCAGGCAUGGGUAAAAAAAGCAAUUCUACCUCCCAACUUUCCGCAACCGGUCGUAAGAGAAGAUUAGGGUUUGGAAGAUGCGGGAAAACAUCUUUUACCGUGCAUAGAAGCGAAGAAGUUCUUCCAGAGGAUGUUAGAAGAUUAGCUAAACAAGGUUCAUCUUUAUCUAGUGAUGGCGAAGGCUCACAAGACGGUGACAGUUGGGCUCCAUCUUUGAAAAGUUCAGAAGGUGGACAAUUAUCGGAUUUCAUCGACGGUUUGGGUCCCGGUCAAUUAGUCGGACGUCAAGUACUCGGUGCCCCAUCUUUGGGUGACAUACAAUUGAGUUUGUGUUAUAAAAAGGGACACUUGGAAGUGGAAGUGGUGAGAGCGAGAGGAUUACAAGCGCGUCCCGGUUCUAAAAUUUAUCCCGCGCCAUACGUAAAAGUUUAUCUCGUGAAUGGGAAAAAAUGCGUUGCAAAAGCUAAAACGGCAACGGCAAGAAGAACUUUAUCACCCUGGUAUCAACAACCGUUAUCAUUUCGUGAAAAUCCAUCGGGUUGCGUUACCGUUUGGGGCGACUAUGGUAGAAUCGAAGGGAAAAAAGUCUUCAUGGGGGUCGCACAGAUUAUUUUAGAUGAAUUGGAUCUAUCGAAUAUUGUUAUAGGAUGGUAUAAAUUAUUUGGAACAUCAUCAUUGGUUAGUGGACCUCCCUCACUCGGUUUAUCACGCCGUAGUUCUCUUGCUAGUUUAGAUUCCCUUAAAUUAUAA